GUCUCAUCUUUGAAGAUUUGAUCUUAUUAUUUCCCGUAAGACAGAAUCAUGGAGGAUAUAUCUGCAGAAAUUGCAGGUCCCUGUGCCAUUAAUCUACUUGACUCCAUGUCUAAAGAUUUGAGAACGAUGUCGAUAUGCAUCGACCUCGCUCCCUGCAAGCUUAUUGCUGAGAUGACUAGUAAUCAACCUUGUGAGUUCAUCUCUGGUGGAACCCAAAGUUUCCAUGGUGCUGGUUCACGUGGAAAAACUACUGCUACACCAUUGUUAGGGAAAAGAAAUAUGAGUGAUGUUCAAGAUGUCAAGAGGGUUUCGGUGGAUCUUGCAGGGGAUGGACUCAACGAGUUUAAUCCGAAAUCAUCCGAGUCAUACCUGGAUGUGCCACAACAAAAGAAGAUGAGAAAAACUGAAAGCCAAUGUCAGUUUGAAUUACUUGACAUCCCCCUUUGGGGAUUUACAUCCAUUUGUGGUAGGAGACUGGAGAUGGAAGAUGCUGUAAUGGCUAUGCCUCGAUAUUUUCUAGUUCCUCCGCAAAUGCUGAACGUCGAGACAAUAUCGAAUCGAACAAAUCACAGUAUAAGCAACUUAAGUGCUCACUUCUAUGGCGUGUACGACGGACAUGGAGGCUAUCAGGUUGCGAAUUAUUGCCGUGAACGUAUGCAUUUGGUUUUAGCCGAGGAGAUUGAAAUGGCGAAAGCACUUGUUCACGAUGGGAAAAUCGGAUAUGGCUGGCAGGAACAAUGGAGGAAAGCAUUCAGCAAUUGUUUCAUCAAAGUCGAUACCGAGAUCGCCAGAGUUCCUAGUGGCAACGGUGGGAACAACAAUCAUCUCGAACCUGUUGCCCCGGAAACAGCUGGUUCCACUGCUGUGGUUGCAAUUGUUAGUUCAACACACAUUAUUGUUGCCAAUUGUGGUGAUUCAAGGGCGGUUCUCCACCGUGGAAAACUUCCCAUGCCAUUGUCUUUAGACCACAAACCUGAUAGAGAAGAUGAACAAGAAAGGAUCGAAGCAGCAGGAGGCAAAGUCAUACAAUGGAACGGACCUCGAGUUUCCGGUGUUCUCGCAAUGUCGAGGUCUAUAGGUGACAGGUACUUGAAACCAUGGAUUAUUCCAGACCCGGAAGUCACAUUCGUUCGUCGGGGAAAAGACGAUGAAUGUCUAAUCUUAGCAAGUGAUGGCUUAUGGGAUGUGAUUAGCAACGACGAAGCCAGCGAAGUUGCACGAAAACGGAUCGGUUUAUGGCAUAAAAAGUAUGGUGAUCAGUGGACUGGUAGAAAGGGUGGGGAAGGAAUUGAUCCUGCAGCUCAAUCUGCAGCAGAGUACCUCUCAAGGCUUGCUCUUAGUAAAGGAAGCAAAGACAAUAUUAGUGUGAUUGUGGUGGACUUGAAAGCUCAAAGAAAAUUUAAGAAGAGAAUCAGAGAGUGAUAUUGUUGCUGUUAAAUUUGACAUAUAUUUGUUGUUUGGUGUCAAUUGUAUUCGAUUAUAAUAAAUUCAAAAGUAAU